GGCGAUUCUCAAAACAUUGUGCUUCCAACAUGCAUGCUAUGCAUAUUAAGCAGUUUACACUUUCGUGACUCGAGACAAAAGACAUUGAAUUGAAUAAACUUAUUGGAUUUAAUGUUUACCUUUGCAAAUUCCUCAGGAUGUAUUUCCUAAUGUAACCUUCGAAUGGUUGAAUGGGGUACAAAAGAUGGUAAAGGAGGGUAAUACCGAGUCUUGGCUCCCGUUUAAUGGCGGAGAAUACUUAAAACAAGGGAGAUAUAGGUUUAUAAAUAUGUAAAAUGAUUUCAAUUGGAUUCACGACACGUCGUUUGUGCUUUUUUUAACAUGUGACAUUAUAAAAUGCAACUUUGGACAUUCGGAUUAAUUUUACUACUCAUUCUGUCUUCAUGGAUGUAUCUAUCAACAGCAGAUGAGCAAGGUAUGGGAUUUACGUAUAUUGAACAAAAUAUAUCAUGUAUAUGUAUAUGGUGGAUGUAUAUUACAACUACAAUGCGUGCAUUGAAUCGCACAUUCCUGCUGUUAAAUUCGGUUCUUUAAAACCUAAUUACCAAAUCUGUGUGUAAACUGACACGGUGUGAUCUUCGCUUGCGAAAAAUAAUCCAAACAAGUUGUUGACUCUGUUAAUAAUUUAUGUUGACAAGCCGAAUUUCAAAUUCCUAGUGUAUUUACACAAACUAUUUAGCCAUAUUUAUCCUUUAUGUCACCGCUGUCACGACACGACACAGCAGAUUGCGUUGGCUGCUCUCAAAUAGCUCGGAAUCAGUGAAUAUAUCGCAUGAAAGCCGACUAAUUGAUGUUUUCAUUCCAAAAUCAAGUCAACAUUUGGUAUUUUUUGUUUUUUCAUUUGUAAUUGGCCCUUAGACAUGCAUGCUAAUAUCAAACAAACUCAACUAACGUUUUAUACUGCAUUGCUCGUUCUAUAUCAGCUCUGAAUCUCCCUAGAGAUCCACUAAUGCCCUUUGACUUAGACUGGCAUGAAUCGUUCCCUCGCGAUAUCGCAAGAGGAAACCGUGAUAGACGAGAAAACCUAAUGACAGUUUGGUGGAGUCGAACUGGGACCAUGCACUUUUCCUACCGAUGUGACUGAAGCGAAAUUAUAUAGUGGUGUUGCCAUAUUGUAGAAAUGAAACCACUCAAACGAUGUGAAAAGCACAUACAAUAACCGAGCAAUAACAACUUGCAUGUGACUGUGUUAUAGAAACACCCCCACACCGAAAAAUUUAAAUGAUGUACUUGAAUCCGUGUAACAAUUCAGCAAGAGCCGAAACUUACGAUUAAGCAAUACUAUAGGUGAUACAAAACACGUCAAGAACAUUUUUAUAGUAGUCUAGUUAAAAUUUGUAUUAGCUGAAUUAUUUCAUGGUUAGUUAGUCAUGUUUUUAAAGAUUAAAAGAAGUAAAAUAACUAGGUAAUUAAAUUUAUUACACUGAUCUUCCGAACAAAUGUCUGCACAGAAGACGUGAACAAAUAUAUAUAUAUAUAUAUAUAUAUAUAUAUAUAUAUAUAUAUAUAUAUAUAUAUAUAUAUAUAUAUAUAUAUAUAUAUAUAUAUAUAUAUAUAUAUAUAGAAAAGGUUUCAAUGUGCAACCAAAAGAGACAUUUAUAACGUAAAAUAAAAUAAAAGCCACUCAAAUUUUGCACAAACGUUUUCGCUUUAAUGUUAGCUCCUCAGGUGCAUAUUUACAAUUAAAGCGAAAACGUUUGAGCAAAAUUUGAGUGGCUUUUAUUUUAUUUUACGUUAUAAAUGUCUCUUUUGGUUGCACAUUAAAACCUUUUCUAUAUACGACACUUGUAUGAAACUAUAAUAGUAAUAAAGAUGCCUGGUGGAAUUUGUUGAGUCGUUGCACUUAUUUAAUUAUGCUCUGGGUAUCCAUUGAGCACUCUGCCAAUUGUUUUUGUAAACAACGAAACCUAAUUAUAUAUAUAUAUAUAUAUAUAUAUAUAUAUAUAUAUAUAUAUAUAUAUAUAUAUAUAUAUAUAUAUAUAUAUAUAUAUAUAUAUAAAUAAAUUAUAAAGUACAACAAUCAACAAAAUCCAUAUAUAUAUAUAUAUAUAUAUAUAUAUAUAUAUAUAUAUAUAUAUAUAUAUAUAUAUAUAUAUAUAUAUAUAUAUAUAUAUAUAUAUAUAAAUUAUAAAUUCAAAAAAGGUUGCCCUUGAAAAACAUUAAACCUUAAACAUUGAGCGCGCAAGGUUUGAUGGGGAACGUCCUCGGGAAAUUUGCUGUCGGCAAGCUCUGCUUUGCAACAAUGCUAGGGAUGCCAAUGUCCAAUGUUAGGAUCCAAGAAAAUAAUACCCAUCAUACCUUGCGGCACUCAAUGUUUAAGGUUUAAGUGAUUUUUUAAGGACAACCUGUAUUAUAUUAUUCAGAUGUAGUUAUAAUGAUGUUAAAAUCCAGGCUUACGAUCAAGAUGUUUUGAAAUAAUUACUCGCGGUAUCCUCGACAAAAAUUGAUUUGUGUAUAUAUCGCCAUGCAACACACAAAUAACUAUAUAAACUGUAGAAACGAAACAAGAAACGACUCUUCUUGGACUCCUUAUAUAAACAUUCGAUAUUGUGUGUGUGAAUAUUUUUUAUCUACCACUUUUGUGCAGUUUUUGUUCUCAUGAUUUCCGAUAAACUUCUUGGCAGGAUGCUUUCAAUAGCACGUGUUUGUUGUUCAAUGCCGGACAUUUUGUUUGGCGCCACAAUUCUAAAGUAUCAAAGAAGCCUUUUAGCCCAGGACGUUUGGGAGAAUUUGUAUUUUAAUACGUUUUGAAAAAAAACCCUUUUAUAAUCAGUGCAUAUGCAGACUCUAUACCUCCGACAUUGUCUCUACAGAAACGAUAUCUCCUUUGUAGACUUGGUUUUUUAUCCACAUUUUGCUAUAAGACAAGCUAAUCGCAGGGAACCCUAGUCCCAUGUUGUUUACUGAGAAUUUUUUCAAAUGAAGUAUCAAGUUUCAACCUGAAAGGUUUGGGAGAAUUUCUAUUUUGAUAUUUUCAAAAAGUAUUUGUAAAGAUAUUCUGAAAAAUUUAGCAAUAUUAAAGGUAGCCUGAAAACAGACCUACGUUUCCCGCGAAUUUUAGGGCGGGCGAAACGUAGGUCUGUUUUCAGGCUAUAUAGAAAUAUCUUACUGACAGUUGACGGCUAAUAAUUGACAAUUAUCUUGUAAUGACCCCAUUAAAGCAUUUUAAAUCUAUGUGUAUUUACUUGGGUAAUGAACAAUUUAUUUAAUUGUGGCAAUUAAAAAUACAUAAUUUUUUUCUGUGUUGGUGUUAUGUACAUAAUUAUAUAGCAUUUCAUUCCUUUUUGGGCGCUAAUCUAACGUAGCCUCUAUAUCAAUGGAUCGUUAUGUGAUAGUUGCUAAGUCAUUAAGGGGUUUGUUUGUAAACAUUAGCCUGUAUUAUGACAUCUUGAUGUAUCUAUAUAAUUAUAAUAAACAAGUUUAUGAUCUUAUCACGUAUAUUGUGAAAGUGUUGCUAUAGCAACGUGAAAACAUUGAUAGAGGAAUUGGUUUGCUAUUAAAGUUCAUUGAGUGAAAUUGAGCCGGGAUUUUCAGAUUUUUUUCUCGAAACUGAAAAGCAUUAAUAUUUAUAAUCUAUAUCCAAAUAAAGUACACUAAAUUCCUUGAAAGAAUACCUUAGUGCUACGUCAAACUUGAUUGAGCUUUCUUGGUGUUUCUUAAUAAAAUGCAAGACACAAUAAAAGAUCAUUUUCACUACCCAGAAUUUGGAAGAUUUAUAGAUCAUCGAAUGUGCUUUAAUGUUGCUGUUUUAAACUAAAUGAGAUCUCUUUAUUUCCAAUUAUUUCUUCACGCGUUGUCCUUCCAUCUCUUCCCUUAAGUCUUAAGAGGGAGCGACGGAGAACUAAGUGGAAGGGUAUGCUGGUGUUCUUCGUUCUUUGAAAGAGGAACUACUUAUAUAAGUCAUAUUAGAAACACUGAUUAAACGAAUCACAAUCACUCUGGCCUGCUUGCAACGGUUUCUGUACAGAAACGCGUCGAAUCAUUAUGUGCAUUCUUUAUGUCUAACAAGCUUUCGUUGGUAGAGAUGCGACUACUUGAAAAAUGAGGCCCUGUUAGGGGGGUUCUGAAUAGUCCAUAAUCCUACGUAAAUAUUAAAAAUAGUCGGUAUUCUAUUUUCGUAAACAAAAAUAUCCCUAAAAUAAAAUAGAACAAAAACACGUACUUCUAUAACCUGAAAUUCAGGCCCUAGUACUUCUAUCACUCUGAGGCUUAUAUUGUGUUUUGUGACAUAUGUGUUCUCUAUUUUUCACUACUGUUUUGGUUAUUUUAAUUGACUGAGACCAUGAUAAUCAAUAUCCUUAAAUCUUAAAUUCCAAUCUAAUUAAUCCAUAAUUCUCUCUUUUAGCUUGAAAUAAUCUGUAAUCCUUUAUAAAAUACCCAGAUAAUCCUAAAACCCUAACAGGGCCUCAAAAAUGUAAGGGGUAUUUCGACGUUUCGGACUAAGGCCCAUCGUCUGGAAUAAGUAUUUUUAAGUCUGUCGAAGUAAAUAAGAAGAUUAUUUUACUGGUUGUUUUAGACGAUGACGGCGACGACGACGAGUAUGACGAAAAUGAAGAUAACCCUAACUGUAGAAUACUGAAAGAAAAAGUAUGCCGGAAGAACAAAAAAAGAAACCGAGAGUGCGAAGAAACAAUAUAUUUUAACUGUAAACCAACGUGUAGAUCAUAUGUGCGCAGCACUAAAACUGAGACUUCCAAACAGUAUAUAACCACGACUAUUUACCUUUGUUCAACCUCGACUAUAUCUUCAAGUAGAUCGAUUCCAAUCUCUAGUACUGUUGCGAAAAUAUCGAUUACACCAAGUUUUCCUAUGCCGAGUUCUAUUGAUUAUAACUCAGGCUCGGGGUCGGGUGAUGAUCAGGAAUCAGAUGACGAUCUUAUUAGUUCUUCUGUUUCUCUAUCACCAAGUCUUUCAACAGUGACAAGUUCGCCAUUGUCAUCAGCAUUACCAAUUACUCCUUCCAGCUCAUUUGGUGACAGAACGGUAGGAGAAAAUGUAUUUUCGUCAGUUGUUCCAAGUUUUACUGUUCAAUUUCCCUCCUCGUUUCCAAGUACUGCAACCGCUACGUUAUCUGCAGAAUCAAGUGUUUCAUCAAUAUCUCCAUCGCCAAGUCUGCGAACUGCAGGUAAAUGUUUGCAUAUAAAGUUUUUUUAUGGCUGUUCUGUUGCUAGUAAUUGUUAUUGCUGCCGUUGCUGUCAUUGCUGUUGUCGUUGUUGUUGCUGUUAUUGUUGUUGUUGUUGAAAAUUAGAUAAGAUUGUAUGCAGUAGUUACGUUACUGGUGCAUAUUAGCAUAUAGAUUACUUUCUCAGUAAAAUCUGGCAGUUUAAACCAUUUCCACAGCCGAAUUAUUCGUUAUGGUGUUUGCUUGUUCAAAAUGUAAGAUUGAAGAAAAAGAAGCAUGACUUUCAUUUUCUUGAAUGUUCAAUCCUACACUUUAAACAAAACAAAACCUUUCAAUGAAAGUAAAACUAUAUUACGUGGUGAAGAUUACUUUAUAAUUAUUGUCGCUCGCUAUUAUUUGUCUUAUAUAUCUCCAACAAUACACUUGAAUGUUGUUUUCACAUAUCAGAAUUUCUUUCUAUUCAACUUGCUCAAUUCCCAUACCUUUUUCUGUUUAAAUAGCACCUUCAUCAAGCCAUAGAAAUGACGAUGAUGAUGAUGAUAAAUGUGAUGAUGAUGACAAUGAUGGUGAUGAUGAUGGUGAUGAUGGUAAUGAUGAUGGUGAUGAUGAUGGUAAUGGUGAUGGUGAUGACGAUGAUGACAGUGGGAAGUCGGAUGAUGAUGCUACUGUUGACACUAGCAUUAUCACGCAGGAACAAGACGGCACUUAUGACUUGGAAAAAGUUCAGAAUCGUAAACGAGAGUCUUCAAGUAAACAAAAGAGUUCCUGCAAAACAUCAUCUGUUAUCCAAAGCACCAAGUUACCUUAUUCGCUUAUCAAAACAGCACAGAAACACAUAAUAAGUAGUACACCAUCCACGAUUAUUGCAACAACCAACAGCUCUCGUCCAGUUCAACCAAACGCUACUUCCUACAGCAUUGCACCAUCUGCAACAAGUUCAAAUUUAUCUACCAUCAAUACAUCACUUAUCAAAACAACACAAGGACACAUAUCAAGUGGCACGCCAUCCAAGAUUUUUACAAUAACCAAUAGCUCUCGUCCAGUUCAACCAAACGCUACUUCCUACAGCAUUGCACCAUCUGCAACAAGUUCAAAUUUAUCUACCAUCAAUACAUCACUUAUCAAAACAACACAAGGACACAUAUCAAGUGGCACGCCAUCCAAGAUUUUUACAAUAACCAAUAGCUCUCAUCCAGUUCGACCAAACGCUACUUCCUACAGCAUUGCACCAUCUGUAACAAGUUCAAAUUUAUCUGCCAUCAAUACAUCAGUUAUUAAAACAACACAAGGACAGAUAUCAAGUGGCACGCCAUCCAAGAUUUUUACAAUAACCAAUAGCUCUCAUCCAGUUCGACCAAACGCUACUUCUUACAGCAUUUCACCAUCUGUAACAAGUUCAGUGUCACCUGCUAUCAAUACAUCUACAUUAAUUCCAAAACCUGACACUAAUGGAACAGAAAUAUCAACAAAAACAAUAUUUCCGUCGAGUUUAAUCUCACCAUCUGCCAGUUUCUUCUCAACAUCGGCAACUCGUUGCCAUCCUGGUACUAAUGGAACUGAAAUGACAACAAAAAUGAUAUUCCCAUCAACUUCUGUUCCGAUAUCAGGUAGUUACACUUUAACUGCAUCGCCAACACUGCCAUUAUCAUCUUCAAUAAUGUCAGAAUCGAGUAGAAGUAUAGCACCUACUCCAGUUUUAUCCUCAUCGUCCUGGGAACAUUCCAAAAUGAAUUCAACAGUGAUUUCAUCAUCGUUGAAUGCAACUCUGAACCAAUCUAGAACUAUCACACCAACAAUGACGACAACAGUUAUGGUCUCCUCUUCAAUUCUAACUCAAGUACCUACAGGUAACGAACCUUAGUUUCAUUUUACUCUAGUUUAACAUUUCACGUUUGUUAACUUUGGGUAACUCACAUGCCAUGUUCCAACAUAGAACAAUACAAAGGUAUCUAGCCUCUAGAAUUAUCUGUACGUGACUAAAUAACUCUUAUACUUAAUUAUGUUGCUUAGUUAUCCAUAUUCUAUUCUAUGCUCUUGUCAACUGGAGAAAUAGUAACUAGGUCUGUGGGUUAUCCAAUGUUGUAAAGUAGAUGGCAAUGAUGUAACAAAACGCUAACCGAUUCUGUCUUUUGAUUGUACAAAUUAAUCUAAUUUCAUUUCUUUACAAAAUAUUUUAGUGCAUUGCGGUGAAAUCGAAACAGGUGAUAAGUUUGAAAAAGGUAUUCUCACUUGGCAAAGGACUCCGGUAGGAAGCAGAGCAAAUACGUCUUGCCCUUACAAUAAAACAGCAAUUGCUUACAGAUGGUGUCGGAUUGCGAACAAGACUCAAUACUGGGAAGACGUUCAUGAUGAAAACUGCUCUGUGUUGGAGAAACAGCCUAUUGAGGAACUAAUUAACGUAAUUGCAAAUUACUAGUAUUUAUUUGCCACUGAUUCAUUUGUGAAUUUGAGAUGUCUUCUGGGCCAUACACAGGACUUUUUCAACAUGGGAGUAUAUGCUCCAAUAAGUACCCAAAUGUCAAUGCAUUCAAGUCAUGUCAGUUAGAUGCAUGCUAAUGCCGGUCUAUCCAGAAUUUCCUCCCCAUAUACUCUGAUUCACAAGAUUAUAAGCUUAAUCAUUUAUAAUAACAUUAUGAAAUUAGGUAUACCAAAUCUGUUGUUGAUUCACAGGAAAACAUAACAGAAGAAAAUGAAGAAAGAAUAGCUGUACUGAUGGACUACAUUACCUCAACGUCAAACGUUACUGUUGAUCUCGUCAAAAAUGGUGCAGAGAUGCUCGAUAAACUAGUAGCUGGAGCCACGAAUUUAUCAAAAGUAUGUAAGAGAUGUGAAGGACCAUGAUAUCAUGACCACAGUAAUGAAAUCGUUUUCGCACAAUUAUUUCCGUUGUUGAUCCAUCCGCUUUAAUGGUUAUAUUUUGACUUUGUUUCAAAGCCUUCUUCAGAACAAUUGUCGGUCUGAUGAAAUAAAGACUUUGAAAUAAAGUCGAAAUAUGACCAUAAUUAAAAGUUUUGUCUUGAAUUUAAUUAAUCCAUAUCUUUGAUUUUCAUGAUGUGUCUAUUUGGAAUUUGUUUUAAUUAAAUCUUCAGUAUCUAUAAUAGGGAAAAAUUUGUAAUAAUAUCUGCAAAUUAUAAUGGUUAAAUUUUGCCAACCAGUGAAUUUGCAACCAUUACACAUUUCUUCAUUUUUGUUUUAUAACAGAUUAGAAAAGAAUUACUCAGUUCAGUAAGUAACGUAAUGAACGCAGAUCCAACCGUGCUUGCUGAAGCAAAUAAAGAACACAACUCAACAAAUAAGUAAGUGGCUUAAAUCUUUAUAUAAUUAUACUGGAUUGAAGCUCCAUAAAGCGUGGAUUUCUGAUCCAAACUGUUCUUCCUAUAGGUCCAGGCUUAUGGUGUUAACUAGUAAGCUUGUUGGGCACACAGUUUUAUAAUUAUUGCUUUAAAAUGUCACUGAAGAAGAAAUGAACAUGAUUAUUUCAACUAUUCUUACUUGAAUAAAUAAUGAUAGGUUUGUAUAAACAACCAACCAUGAAUAGUGUUCGUAUAUUUGGGUUGAAUACUUUUUUCCAUCCACUCUUCAGGUGGCCUUACCUGAUCGAAAAUUUUUGGGCACUCCUUCAGAAAUUUAUCUUCAGUACAACUGGAUCAAUUUCAGAAGAUGUGCACAAUAUUAUCGAUCCAGCCUAGUAACGUACGCGAUUUUCUUUUUAAGGGACUGGACUGUGGUAGGUUGUACCUUGUAAGUUACCAUUUUGCUUCACAUUUCUAGAAUUCUAACAUUUAUUGGAAAACUGUUGGACGAUAUAAGUUUGAGUGGAAAAAAAUUCAUUCGUGAAAAUUUGACAAAUCUAGUUGCCGAAGCAUGGGAUGUUGCGAAUAAGACAGAAGAUCUCAUAUUUGAGAAUAUUUCACAAGACAAAGAUGAAGAUAAUGAUAGUUUGGUGUCUGUCAAGAUGCCUCGCUCCCUGGUGCAGCGUUACAAAGAGAAACAAAGGAUUACUUUCAUAAAUUUUUUGAACGAUAAACUUUUCCCUCAAGAUGGAGAUGUGACGAAGAAAUUUAUCAACAGCAAGAUAGUUUCAGUCAGUGUUAAGGUACGUAGAGGGUCAUUAGCGAUUAUUUUGUCCCGAACCUACCACAACUCGGUUCGAUACCAGAUUGACAUCGGAACUGUGUCAAAUAAAACGCCUAAUACAGACGUCCGCUGAAGAACUCUCGCAAUUUGUCCGAUUGGGCAACCAAAAAACAAUUUAGAAAUUGUAGUUGCCCGUAUAGUGAUUUUUAGUUGCCUCGGACAAGCAGGCAAACGUCAGGUUAAACCACUGUAUUAACAUUCCAUUCAUAUCAUUAUUCUUAGGGUGAUAAAGUCAGAAACCUAUCAGAUCCAAUCGUGAUUGAAUUCAAAAUAACCAAUAGCAGUUACGCAAAUAAUUGUAGUUGCGUUUUUUGGGACUUUGAAGCUGAUGGUGGAUUGGGGCGAUGGUCAAGUAAUGGUUGCGUGUAUGAAAUUAUUGGUGACGGCCGGUCUCGAUGUAGUUGCAGUCAUUUGACGCAUUUUGGUAUUUUAGUGGUAAGAAUUAUUAAUAACUAAUUCAUUCUGGUAUAAUUCAUUUGAUAUGACAUAACACCUUUCUUAGUCUUCAUCGUGUUACACUUACUGAAUUACCGGCCUACUCUGGGAUGGUAACUCGACUAAACACGCCGCGAGAUGGUGCGAGUUUUGGCGAUUUAAGGUGAUUUAGAGUUAAAGUCCCCGAGUAGGCCUUCGUGUUAAAUCUUAUCAAAUAUUAUAAUCAAGGGAAAGGCAGAUCUGGAAAAAUAGUGUAAUGUUCCUCAGAUCCUGAAUUUGCUUUUCUUAUCUUCAAAAGUGCGUAAAACCAAUGAAAAUUUGACUGUAGGUACAUUACGCUAUUAUGUAUGCUAGAACAAAGUAUACUUGACUGUAUUUACUUUACAUGUCUCAAUGAUACCUUAAGAUUCUCUGAUAACGUAUGUAUAAAAAAUCGAGAAUGUUCGUCAAUCUUCUUGAUAAAGCAAAUUAGAUUCCUCAGGAUCCUGGAUCCCGAGGUUUUCCCCCAGCUCUGUUUAAUACUUUAAUAAUAAUUGUUUAAUAAUUGACUAUCUUGGCAAUUAAAAUCAUCCUGUGUUAAGAAGGCUAGCACUAACAACAUUCUACCCCACAGUGCUCAUAGUAUAUAAUGAAAAGUAAUUCUCAACACGUUUUUUGAAUACCAAUUUUAGGAUCUAUUUCCAGAUGAAGAAAUUGGAGAUACAGAUCAACUUAUUCUAGAAGGAAUCACUUUCGUUGGCUGUUAUCUUUCCAUUGUUGGCUUGGUGCUGACAAUAAUCACCUUAUUAUCGUUCAAGUACGUAUAUUUAAUUCAUUUUAAGUUCAUCACAUGAGCAAAGAUAGAAUUCCAAGAAUUUUAUGGAAAAAAUCCCGUGUGAACUCCAGGGAGACAUGGAGAAAGUUAUGUUUCUUCAUUCGAUGCUUAUGUAUUUCAUUCAUUUUAGGCAAUACCGAAAUGGAGUGAGCGGUCAAAUUCUAUUAAACCUUUGCCUAGCCUUGCUGUUUUCCUUAGUGAUAUUUCUUGGUGGAAUUGAACAGGUUGAUGACGAGGGCACUUGCGUUACUGUGGCAGCGCUUCUCCAUUACUUUGUGCUUGUUGCUGUGCUUUGGAUGGGAGUUGAAGCCUUUCAUAUGUUUGUCAAUAUUGUGCUUGAUACUCUGCCUGAUGAACUGGGGAGAACAUUCGUAUUUAAAUGCGCUGCAGUGGCAUGGGGUAAGAUAUGAUGAUAUGAGUGGUGAAAACAAUAUUUUACAAACGAGUGCAACGAACUUAUUAAAAUUAGUGAAAUUGCAAAAUUUGGUUACGAAAUGUCCUGCCCUGCCUAGUUGCCUUGCCUUGUUUAACCUUGUGAAGAUUGCGUAUUUUGUAUAUGUUUGUAUUACGUGCGGAAAUUGUUACCAUUUUUUAGCUGAAAAUGGUAACAAUUUCCGUACUUAAUACAAACAUAUACAACAUUUGCAAGACUAUAUUUUACAAGUCUUACAACACUUCGCAACCAAACUUUCCAAUUUUACUAACUUCAUCAUGCUCUUUUUAGGUGUGGUGUUUGAUUCCCUUCUCUUCACUUAGAUUAAAAUUUAGUCUAACAUAUGCAUGUUGUCCAUUGAAUCUUUAAACGUGCUUUUUUACAUUUUUAGUUGUACCAAUGAUUAUUGUUGUCAUAUCAGUUUUCAUCAAUACUGAUAAUUACAAGAAUGAAAACUAG